GUGGUGCUUUGCGAGUGUGAGCCUGGCUGGAGUGGUGAGUUCUGUGAAGUGGAUUACGACGCCUGUGAGGACGGCCCCUGCUUCAUGGGCGUGGCUUGUUUUGAUGAAGCGCCACCGUCGUUGAACAACACCUGUGGACCUUGUCCUGAAGGACUUGAGGGUGACGGCAGGUUCUGUCAGGCUCCUUUAAUGGCUAAGACCAACUUGCUUGUGGACCACUUCAACUGUGACAUGCCCAUGGGCAACCCUCACACCUCAAGAGAUGUACCUCCAAUGCAGAUAUUGACGAGUUGUGAGCUGUACCAAGACGAGCCAGCCAGCAGCGGUGGACGCGGCUGCGAUCAGAUCUGCAACAACACCCUCAUGGAUUUACAACUGCAGUUUGUCAACGCCGUGUGCAACAACACCCAGGGCAGCUACGAGUGUGACUGUAAACCAGGCUUCAGGGACGACUUUAUGGAUGGAACGUCGUGUACAGACCUCGUGGAAUGCACAGACAAUAGUAGCUAUACUUGUGACGAGAAAGCUAAAUGUGAAAACACCAUAGGCUCGUACCUGUGUGUGUGCAUUGCGGGAUAUGAAGGUGAUGGCAAGACAUGUCAAGAUUUGAAUGAGUGUACCACUGUCAGGACGAUUGUUUGGCCGUUACUGGUGAGUGCAGCAACACAGUGGGUAGCUUUGACUGCAGCUGUAAGGAUGGAUAUACCGGGGACGGUCGGACAACCUGUACAGGAGGCGAUGUUCAAAUCCCUUGGACCUUAUCGAACAAUAGGUGGCUCUCUUCAUUACAGCAACGCUCACGGUGGUUCAUUUGUCAUUGAGGCUGUACGUGCUGACCCGGGAUACGUUUUGGUGACACCCAGCCCCCAUUUUGCUACAUUCCUGGAUGCGCUGCCAAAUCCUUGCUCGGCAAACAACAUUGACGAAUGCACUCUUGAAUUAGACAACUGCCAGCAAGAGUGCUUUAACAAGGAAGGAUCAUUUGAUUGCAAUUGUAGUGCAGGUUUCACCCUUCAAGAUGGAGUUUGCCAAGCUGUAAUGUGUGUGUUCGGGUACAACUUGCCACACAAGGGUGAGUGCUACAAAACCAACAAUGCAGACAUGUGCCUCUGCAAACCAGGAUACGCAAUCGAUGAUGAUCCCACAGUCUGUGAAGAUAUUGAUGAGUGCACAAGCCCCAGUGAUCCUGACAUGUGUGGUGCCAACUCGAUGUGUGAUAACCUGGAAGGCAGUUACGAGUGUCGUUGCCAUCCCGGCUACACUCUCAAUAGUGACCAACGGACCUGUUCAG